GAAAGAACGACCAACAAUGAAAAAAGAAAAGAGAGAGGCCAGGCCGUCUUGCUAGCCAGGCACCACCGCCCCGCCCUGCCACCCGCCGCCACACAUGGCAAAAAGCAAAACCAAAAACCAAAACACCGCGUGCAUGGCUUGCAAGGCUUGCUUGUCAGUCAGGCGUCAGACGUCGAGCGUCAAGCGUCAAGCGUCAGGCGUCGGCAAACGAGUACGCCAGCGCCGAUUCCAAAUCCAAUUACAAUUAAUUCAAAAGGAAGCAAGAAAAAGAAAAAGCAAAAAGAAACGAAAGAGAGGCCCCAUAGAACAGCCCCGAAAAGCAACGAAAAUCGCAGCAGAGUCUCGAGCGCACGCAUCCGCGCCUAUCCCGCUUAUCCCGCUCAUCACUGACAUUGACUUUCACUCUCGCGACUCGCGAACGAACGAGUCGCGGCCCCAUGCAUUGCCUAUGUAUCCAUACCCAGCGCGGCCCCUGACCAGCACCCACGCACCCACACCAACCCAUCCAUCCAUCAAUCACCGCAGUCGCACGCAUCAAUCUCCUCCACCCACGUGCCCCCAGCAUCCCAACCCAUCCCAUCCCGCAGCUAUACCCGCCAAACCAAACGCAGGGACGCACCACGCACAGCGCACGCGCCCACGCUCCCCCAUCCAUCCCAACGGUCCAGACCCGACCAGAAGCAGCGUAGAACGUGAGGCAGGCAGGCGUAAGCAUGCAGGAUUCACUCACUCAUCCACUCACUUGGCGCGCGCACCGUCCGUGCCUGCCUUGCCCUGCCCUGAUCUGUCCUACCUGGUAGUAGUAGUGUGAUGGAGAAGGCCUACGCGGCUCGUCCUACGGCUACUUCUCCGGAGUAAUGGACGUGGUGGCGACGGAAGUUCGGAGGCGCGCACGAGCGUGUCGGCGAAACCGAAGCGUUUACUCCUAACGGCGGGACGGCGACGAUUACUUGUCAAGUCGUUAGGUCGAGCGGGCGGCGUCUCAGGAAACGAAACGAGAGGAGGGGUAGAGAAUCUCUACCUAGUCGUAGGAGUAGUGAGUGGUUUGCGGAGGGGAGCCCGGAGAGGAGGGGGAAGCGGAAGAGCGCGGAGGUCCUUACGCCUGCGCCCUGUCUGCCUGACUGUCAGUGUCAGUCUGUUAAUCUGUCGGAGUGGGAGUGCAUGGCCGACUAGGACCUGUUCUUCGUUAAUCUCUCUCAAUAAACAAAAACAAAAAUGAAAACAAAGAAAAAUUAGUCUUUUCCUUCAAUGUCAUAAUCAAGCAGCAUCGCACCACCACACCAGGAACGUCAUGUUUUGGCAAG